GAGACUGUGACCCUGAUGAAGGAGCGCUACAAGGACGUCGCAGGCGAUUUGAUGGAUGAGCCCAGCUUUGACAUGUUUGUCACCGUUCCGCAUGCUUUCGACCACCUUGUCUAUGAUGUCUCCCACAAUAAAGACAAGCUGAAUGAGUCCUGCGCCAAGACCAUGCAGGCAGCUUUUGAAUUCUCCGACCACCUCUGCCAGGUCGUGGCAGCCGUUGAAACCAUGAUGACAGCGGACAACGUGCCUGGAAGUACCACUGGAUUCAAGGUCUUCUUCUUGAACCGACUCCAACGCUACCUUCGGCGUGCUGCCGGGCUGCCCGAGUCCCCGCGCGAGAUCGUGGAGACGGACAAGCCACGGCACCUCUCCUCCGCCGCUGCCGUGGAAGGGGUGGAGCCGGUCAGAUCACGGCUUUUCUUUGGCCACAGCUCGUGGCUGCAGGGGGUCAUCACCCUUCUCUUCGGGAGCUCCUUCUCAAAGUAUCUGCCAGGGAUCGUGCUGGAACAAUUCAUGCGUGCUACCUCGAUAGUUUUGGGGCCAAGCAUUGAGUUCAUUGGUCUGAUUGAUCAGCAGAGGCUAGACCAGGCAUUGCAUGACCAGCAGAGGCUAGAGCAGGCUUUGCAUAUCAAAGUUGCAGACAGACGUGUUUCAGAGUUUCGCCAAAUGGAUGCUGCUUUUGUGAGCCGGCUGAAAGGGCUGUGCCCAUACAUAUACGAAGCUGGCUACGAGUAUGAUGAGCCGAGUGGACUCAUGAGACGCGAGAGAUUCUUAUACUGCUUUCAGUAUGGGCAUUCCUUGUUGAGCACGGCGCUCGAGAGGGAGGGCGUGCAGAGUGCAUCUGUGGUGGGCAUGGACGACACGGAGUCCAUAGAGACGGUGCGAGGACAAGACCUGUGUGUGACCAUGUGCUCCAGAAUAUUACCUGGAGGUUUGCUUUACCUCGUGCUCUCUCGCCAUUGCUAUGCGAGCUUGGGGGUGAAGCACCAGGUGGCUGCUUUCCUGGGCAACUUGUUUCUCUUAGCCGACAUGAUUGCUGUCCGGUGUGUGGUGCAUGUUCCGUUGGUUGAGAGCCGCUUCUUCGAGACGCACCCGGCUUUGGAGGAGGUGGCACGGCGGCUCCUCUUUGUCCGAUGCUGCUUCCCGAUGUCAGCAUUCUGCUGCCGCAAGCAGGAAAUGACAUGUCUUUGGGGAAGCGACAAGCUUGUCAUCAAGGCAGUGAGACAUGUCGCUGGACGGCUUAUGCAUAUGUACCCUCCUUUGUGCAACCGGCGAAAUGCCGGUGCACCAACCAUGGGCAGUUACCACGGCGAGCACACCGGCACCUACACCUAUUGUGUUUGCGACAUCGUCCUCUUGCGACACCGACGGUCCGUGGACGCCUUGCUGUGCCUGAACUUGAGUAGACUGCUCGAUGAGCUGGCUCGUGAUCUCUUGACUCAG